AGAUCGACGGCAGAGUCGCGUUGCCUUGUUGUGUCGCUGGUCGCUGGUCGCGUUGGUUGUCUCCGUCUUGGCUUGAGUGUUUGCCGGAAGGGUGCUGCGAGGGAGGACAAAUUGCAAAAAGGCGAAUGCCCAAGAAGAGGAAGCGCAAACAGCCAAAUAACGCAAUUGCUGUUUAAAGGAUAAAAACUGACCGAUAAAAGGCAGAAGAAAAACAAUUGAUAAAGCUCGUUAGAAACUAACGCGUGCGCUGCAAUGGAGGAGCGCGCGUUGAGGCGUCUGUAGGGGCGGGGCGCCAGUGCCAAAGCCAGUGCCAGUGCCGUUAGUCGAGAGUCAAGAGUCGAGAGCCAGAGCCAGUUGCAUGCGCCGGGAGCAUGUGCAGCAGCAGCUGCAGCUGCAACGUUUCAGUGCUUGCCUAGCCCAGAGCCGUCCUGCCCGACGGACGCAGCCGGAUAAUGAGCGCAUGCGAGAUGGCCAAGGAUACGAAGGAGUCUGUAGCAGCAGCAGCCAAGGCAGCAACGACUGCCCCAGCGCUGGCUGCGCCCAACAAGGAGGAGCCAGCGGAGGAGCCUGAUCCGCCCAAGGCCAAUGGACACGAGAACGAGCACGAGCAGGAGCCGGAGCUGGAGCGGAAGCUGGAGCAGAACCAGAAUCAGAACCAGAACCAGAAGCAGAAGCAGAAGCUGUCAAAGUCGGGCACCCAGACGAAUGGCCCCGAACAGGAUGCAGGUGAAUCGAAGCUGCAUGCCGACGCAGAUGUGGACGCGUUGGCAACACCUACCUCCAUGGAUGCGCUGGCCAGCUGCAAGGAUGUGCUCCUCGCCCAGAAGCUCUUUGCCAGCGGCGGCAGCGGUCCCAAGGAGCUGCUCAAGCUGAAGGAGCCAAUGCGCGUCGGCUUCUAUGACAUUGAGCGCACCAUUGGCAAGGGCAACUUUGCGGUGGUGAAGCUGGCGCGGCAUCGCAUCACCAAGAACGAGGUGGCCAUCAAGAUCAUUGACAAGUCGCAGCUGGAUCACACCAACCUGCAGAAGGUCUAUCGCGAGGUGGAAAUCAUGAAGAAGCUCAAGCAUCCGCAUAUCAUCAAAUUGUAUCAGGUGAUGGAAACCAAAAACAUGAUUUACAUUGUCUCCGAGUACGCCAGCCAGGGCGAGAUCUUUGAUUAUAUAGCCAAGUAUGGACGCAUGUCGGAGUCGGCGGCCCGCUUCAAGUUCUGGCAAAUCAUCUCCGCCGUGGAGUACUGCCAUAAGAAGGGCAUCGUCCAUCGGGAUCUCAAGGCCGAGAAUCUGCUGCUCGACUGCAGCAUGAACAUUAAAAUCGCUGACUUUGGCUUCUCCAAUCACUUCAAGCCCGGCGAGCUGCUCGCCACCUGGUGCGGCUCACCGCCCUAUGCCGCGCCAGAGGUAUUCGAGGGCAAGCAAUAUACUGGACCCGAAAUUGAUAUUUGGUCCCUGGGCGUAGUGCUCUAUGUCCUGGUGUGCGGCGCCCUGCCCUUCGAUGGGUCCACGCUGCAGAGCCUGCGGGAUCGGGUGCUGUCGGGCCGCUUUCGCAUACCCUUCUUCAUGAGCUCGGAGUGCGAGCAUCUAAUACGCCGCAUGCUGGUGCUGGAGCCGACGCGUCGCUACACCAUUGAGCAGAUCAAGCGACAUCGCUGGAUGUGUCCCGAGCUGCUGGAGCACGCGCUGAUUGCCAAAUACAAUCUGAACAUGGAGCGGCAGGCGGUGCUGGAGCCGAGCGAGGAUAUAUUGAGGAUCAUGUCCGAGUAUGUGGGCAUCGCACCGGACAAGACGCGGGCCAGCCUCAAGAAGAACACCUACGACCAUGUGGCGGCCAUCUAUCUGCUGCUGCAGGAUCGCGUCUCCCACAAGAAGGAGCAGGCGAAGCCCAGCGAAGCGAGCAGCCGUCUGCUCUACAAGAGCAAGCAGUCCCUGAUGCUCGAUCAGUUGUCCACGCCCCAGCAGCAGCAGCAGCAGCAGCAGCAGCAACAGUUGCUGCAACUGCAUCAGCAACAGCAGCAGCAACAGCAGCAACAGCUGCAACAGCAGCAGCAAAGAAAGACAAUAUCCACCGUGAUCCUGGCCAAGGAUCCGACACACAAAAGACUUAGCCGCCAUCAGACUGUCAUGAUGAGCGAGCGAACCACUGCCGAUCCCUACUAUGCGGUCAAGCAGCAGGCCCACAUCCUUGCCCACGUCCAUGGCCACGCCCAGGCCCAUGCUUACGCUCACACUCACGCCCGUUACCUGAACGGGGAUGAGGGUGUGGGCGUGGGUGUGGGCGUGGGCGCGGGCAUGGUCAUGCCCACUAGAUAUACCCCAUUGCCGGCGCCGGGCAGCGCUCGCAUCAGCCAUCAGAGCCUCAGCUCGGCCAGGAGCAUGGCCGGCAGCCAGCGACCGGUUGGCAUCUCGCUGAGCAUCGACAAUACCAGCAGUGGGCAUCCGCUGCCAUCGCUGGCCAACCUCAGGUGUCGCGAGCUGCUGCUCAAUGCCAGCCAGCAGCUGGAGCAGGGCCAUCCGCUUGGCCACCUGCCAUCGCCGGCAGCGGCAGCGGCGCUAGCGACGGCGACGGCGACGGCGACGGCGACGGCGACGGCGCCGGUGCCCAAGCAGCUCCACCAGACCAUUAGCGAGUACAUCAUCAAGCAGAGCACCGAAGACUGUCGUCUGCUCCUGCAGCAGUCCACGGCCAUUGCCGAAGCGAAGAAGGAGGACGAGGAGCAGCUGCUGCCGCUGCCAGCAUCUGCCAUGGAGCAUUCGAGCGCUGCCACGCCCACUGCCGAACAUAGCAAGACAAUAAAAGUGAUGUCCAGCUCGAAUAGCUUCGAUUCCACCGCCAAUCUCAAUCAAAGCUUUCGCUACAAAAUGUCCGCCGAGGCGAACCGACUAUUCCAGACCCUCCAGGAGAGUCCACUGCCAAUUGAGAAACCCAAGCGCAAGGCUGCAACGGCAAAUGGCAAUGGGACUGGGACUGGGACUGGGAAUAGCAACGGCAGCGAGUCUGGCCGAGCUGCGGAGGAGGGCGAGGGAGUCGAGCCGAAGCCCAUUGGAGACGGCCGGGAGAAAAAGACUUUUGAGAAGAAGGUGCUGGCACAGGGCAGCUCCAGCACGGACGAGGGCUGCGACACGGAUCAGGGCAACGAGGUGGUCGCCGCCAAGGAGGGCUCCCAGUCCUCGACGGAUCUGACCAGCGUCCAGGCGAACACGCGCACGCGCUCCUAUGCCAGCAGCAGCAGCUCCAGCGGCGUCCUAGCCGGCAGCUACUCGAAGAGCCUCAGCCAGAAUCUGAGCCGCGGCUCCUCCAAGAGCAACUGCAGCGCCUACGAGAGUCUGGACUUUGUGCUGCCCUCCGUGCCGGACAUUGCCGGCAGUCUGCCCUCCUGCAUGAGCAACUCAAUGCUGGCCGCUGCCGCCGCCGCUGCCGCCGCUGCGGCCGCCGUCUCCAGCGAGCACUCGUCGGAGCGUUCGCUGUACAGCAGCCACAACUCGUGCAUUCAUAUGCCCAGCGCGGUCAAUUUGCUGGUGACGGCGACGCCGACGCCGACGCCGACGGCAACGCCAACGUCGACACCGACGGCGACGCCACCGCCACCGCCGCAGCCGGCGCCGCCGCCCUUUGCGGACAAGCGUUCGCCCAUCCAUUUCCGUGAGGGCCGCCGCGCCAGCGACGGCCUGGUGGCCCAGGGCCUCCUCAGCUCCAGCUCCCUGCUGGGCGCGAGUCGUGUCUAUGGCAGCUAUCGCUACGAGCAGGCCAAGCGCCACGGCUGGCUGGAGAUACAGCAGCUGCAGCAGGAGGCGGCUGUCUAUGCGCCCAGCCACGCCCAUCUGCAUGGCCAUGCCCUUGGCCAAGGCCAUGGUCAUGCUCAUGGUCAUGGUCACGGUCACGGUCACGGUCAUGGCCAUCUGGGCCUCGAGGAGCUGAGCCUGGCCAAUUGUCAAUUGCCACACGGUCAAUUCUAUGCGAUGCCCAUCAAGCCGCACCACACGCUGCACCACCUGCAGCCGCAGCACCACCAGCAGCUGGCCUAUGCGCCACUGCCGCCGCCGCCGCCGCCGCCGCCGUCGCUGCUCUUGGACGCCAGCAGCGAGCUGUUUGCGGGCCAUGGCCAUGGCUGCUAUCAGCCGCCGCCGCCACCGCCGCCGAGCGUCUACCCACAUCCGCAUGCGCACCACCAGCAGCAGCUGGCCAUGUCGCCCAUGCAGAAGCCGCCGCUGCAACAGCAGCUGCUGCAGCACCGCCUGCUCCAGCAGAAGCGGCAGCUCUUCCAGAAGCAAUACGCCCUGGAGGCGCAGCUGGCCGGACGCCAUCAGCACCAGCACCAGCACCAGCAUCAUCAUCAGCAUCACCAUCACAACCAUGGCCAUGUCCACUACAACCACAGCCUGGUGCAUGGGACACCGCCGCCGCCGCCGCCGCCAGCGCCCGCUGGCCCGCCCGAGCACCACCUGGCCGAGGAGCUGUACGAGCUGGCCAUGCUGGAUCGGCCGCGCAGCGGACCGCCACGACUGCAGCACUCGCUGACCAUGCCGGGCGCGCACGCCUUUAGCCAAAUGAAUCUGAAGACCUCCUACAUCAGCCAGCCGGAGGCCCUGCCCAGCGCCGGGCCCGUGGCGUCCAGCUCGGCGCCACCGCCGUCCACAACACCGCCGGCAACACCGCCCCAGGCGCUGCUCAACAGCCACGUGGUCCAUGGCCACGAGUCCGACUAUCAUGUGCGGGCGCAGUCGAGCGCAUCGGCGCCUCCGGUGCUCAGCCUCUUCACGCCCAGCUGGCAGACACUGGUGAAGCCGCUCAGCGAGAGUCCCAUACUGGAGAUCUCCGAGCAUCUGGAGUCCGUGUGAGGAAGAAGAAGAAGAAGAAGAGCCAACAAAAAAUAACCAAAAACCUUUCAAUACGCUCGCUAUCGCAAUCGCAAUUACAACAACAACAAAUCUAAAAUCUAAAUAUAAUAAUAAUAA